CCACAACCAAUACCAUUUCUCAUAGCCCCCAGAAAACACCCCAAAUCUUGGGGGAAAAAAACCAAAAAAACUCAAAAGCUCAACUCAAGAAAAUUACCCAAAUCAAAUUGAUACAUUUUUUUCAGCUCACCAAAUUAAAACCACUAUAAACCCAUACACGCCAAGCAACACACAAAGUACCACACCCAUAUAACACAUGACUCACCUCGAACUAACUCUAUUCCCAUGCACUAUUACUACUCUUACUACUUCAAUCACGAAUCUCAUCAUCCCAAACUUAUGACCAUGAACCUCACCACCCACAUGACCUCUUCUCUCUCCUCCGGCCACCUCGCCUUCAUCGGAGGCCGGAUCUCUCUCCCGGAAAUCCAAUUUCUCGAGAUCCUUUUGGCGGUUGUCGGUUUCGUGACCAUUCACUCUCUUCGCCAACGAAAGAGCCAGGGUUUGCCAGUCUGGCCUUUCGUUGGCAUGUUGCCUUCGUUAGUGGCCGGUCUUAAGGUUGACAUGUACGAGUGGAUCUCUGGCAUUCUAUGUCGCCAGAACGGGACUUUUACGUUCAAAGGGCCAUGGUUUACAAAUCUCAAUUGUGUUGUGACUGCGGAUCCUCGUAAUUUAGAGCAUCUUCUCAAAACUAAGUUUCCAAAUUUCCCUAAAGGAGGGUACUUUCGCGACACGCUUCGUGAUCUCCUUGGUAAUGGUAUAUUCAAUGCUGAUGAUGAAACAUGGCAGCGACAAAGAAAAACCGCUAGCAUCGAAUUCCACUCUACGAAGUUCCGGAACUUGACAACUGAGUCCUUGCUCGAGCUAGUACAUGCUCGGCUUUUACCAGUUUUAGAACAAUCCCUCGAAAAAUCUCAACCUAUUGAUCUACAAGAUGUUCUAUUACGACUCACAUUCGACAACGUUUGCAUGAUCGCAUUCGGGGUUGAUCCGGGGUGUUUAAGCCCCGAAUUACCCGAAAUCCCAUUCGCCAAGUCCUUUGAGGACGCAACAGAAGCAUCUCUACUACGAUUCGUUACGCCAACUUUUAUAUGGAAAACCAUGAGGUUUUUCGACUUGGGUUUCGAAAGAGUACUAAAGAGCUCGAUAAAACAAGUCGAUUUGUUUGCAGACGAAGUGAUUCGGACGAGGAAGGAAGAACUCUUGACACAAUUGCAAGAGGGUGACAAUAACAAGCAGAGAUCAGAUCUAUUAACGGUGUUUAUGAGGUUGAGAGACGAGCAAGGAAAGGCGUUUUCGGAUGUUUUUUUACGCGAUAUAUGCGUGAACUUUAUACUUGCCGGGAGAGAUACUUCGUCGGUGGCGUUGAGCUGGUUUUUCUGGCUGCUUGAUCGGAAUCCGGUGGUGGAGGAGAGAAUACUUGCAGAAAUAUGUAGAAUAAUUGGGGAGAGAGAAGAUGGAAAGAGAGAAAGUCCAUUGAUAUUUAAGCCGGAGGAGGUGAAGAAGAUGGAUUAUUUGCAGGCUGCUCUAUCAGAGGCUCUAAGGUUGUACCCUUCUGUGCCUGUGGAUCACAAGGAGGUUGUUGAAGGUGAUGUUUUCCCAGAUGGAACAGUCUUAAAAAAAGGAACAAAAAUUAUCUAUGCAAUUUAUGCAAUGGGAAGAAUGGAGGCAAUAUGGGGAAAAGACUGCCGGGACUACAAACCGGAGCGGUGGCUCCGUGACGGCCGGUUCAUGAGCGAGUCGGCCUACAAGUUCACAGCAUUCAACGGCGGCCCUAGGUUGUGCUUGGGGAAGGACUUUGCUUACUACCAAAUGAAAUUCGCCGCGGCCUCCAUCCUCUACUGCUACCGGGUGGUGGUCGAGGAAAACCACCCGGUGGUGCCAAAACUUGCCCUAACCAUGUACAUGAAGCAUGGAUUGAAGGUGAAGGUUUUCCGGCGCGGCGAGGCUGAGAUUCAAAAGUAUUUUUAGAAUCCAAGUAAAAUGCUCUCAUGUCCAUGCUAGUUUGUGUGUUUACUUUGUUAUGUUAUCUUUUAUUUGUCUUGAUUUCUUUACUACAUAGCUUGUGUGUAUUACAUUAUUAUAUUAAAAUAUUUAGGACAAAUUAUAUCAAUAAUUUUUGUAUUUUUUUUAUGGCAAUUUAGUCUUUAUAAUUUUAAUCACAUCAGUUUUACCUUAAAACUUUUCGUAUUGCAUUAGUUUAGUCCCAUUGAUAACAA